AGGUAAACAUUGCUUAAAAAAAGAGUCAUACAAAAAGCCCUGCUGAAGCAAAGCACAUUAGACAAUCAGAAAUCACCAUGAAAGAAUUAUUCAACUUAUCAGUUAGAGAAUUGAAUUUCUCCAUGGAUGAGAAAUUUAUGAAUUUCUCCAUGGAUGAACAGAGUGACAUCUACUCAGCUUGGUCCAAUAAGGAGAACAUGUUUUUUGCCACUUUAUACAUCAUUGUCUUCAUCAUUUCUGUUCCGUGCAAUUUGCUGGCUCUGUGGGUUUUCUUUCACAGCAAGAGCUCUUAUUCUUCCAAGGUGUUCCUUCUGAACCUGGCAAUAGCUGAUAUGUGUUAUGUUUUGGUGCUGCCCAUGCGUGUGAUUUAUCAUAUUUCGAACAGUGACUGGCUCCUUGGGGAAGUAUCUUGUCGCCUGGUGGGAUUCCUGUUUUUUAUAAACCUCUACUGCAGCAUGUACCUCAUAACUUGCAUUGGACUGGACCGCCUGUUGGCCAUCAUCCUGCCCCUGAAAUAUCAACACCUGAGGAGAAGUAAAAAUGGUAAAGCGGUGUGUAUCGUAUUGUGGGCAUUGGUGACUUGUUCAAUGUUGCCGGUGCUGUUCUCUCCUCAAACUGUGAUCUUAAUGUCAUCAGGGAGGAAUAUGACUAUUUGUAAACAGCUGUACUUGGAAAAAGUAUCUUUCAAAGCCUUUGUGUCAACGGCAGUUGCAGUUGCUGUUCCUCUGGUCUCUCUGACGGUGUCUUACAUCCUCAUUUUUCUCAAGCUCAGAGUGAUGACUUUUCACCAUCAGACAGCUGCCAAAAGUAAAGCAGUCAGAAUGAUCCUGCUGACUGUGGUCACCUUCAUAGUGGCCUUUGUGCCCUAUCACGUGCACCGUUUACUUUACAUUGAGCGCCACAGACACAGCAAGUUAUCUGAUUCUGAAAUUAGAUAUUUGGCCAUUGGUAACCGCUUAACAUCUGCUCUCACGUGUCUUAGUGGUAUAAUGGAUCCAAUUAUGUACUUCUUCCUGGCUAGUAAUUACAAGAAAAUUCUGCUUCAGCUGUGUGGACGAGCAACAAACAAAGACAGGCAGCAGUCUACUUCCUGAACUUUUCACUGUAUUUAAAAGCUUAUAAAGCUUAAAUUUUAUAUAUAAUUUAAUGUAAAUUAGUUUAUCGGAUUCUAUUGUCACAAUAAACAACAUAACAAUGA